AUGGGCGAAGAGUAUGAAUCAUUCGAAAUCAGUGAUUAUGACAUUGAUUCGGCGUUCAAUCCAUUGAGAAGAAAGCGGAUAUCUAAAAAUGAACAGAUCUAUGGUAUCUGGGCCGACCCCGAAACGUCCGGCAGUGAGGAAGAGGCUGGUGUCAUCGAUUUUGGCGGCGAAGGAAAGACAAAAAAACACUACCAGACUCCGCUGAGUUUUGUGAAAGGCGGCGUCAAGAAGGGUGAUCAGGUGGAAGAAGCAACGACAAAAGCUACGGACGAUAGCGAGGUCGAGGAUGUGGAAGCGGAAGUCCAAGCGAAGUAUCUGCGGUCCAAGUUUAAGCGAGUCUCCACCAGAAGGGAGUUCGUCAAGGUGAAUCGAGGCGUCGGCGAAGGGGGCGAGCGUUUCGGCGACUGGGAGAGGCACACGAAGGGCAUUGGCGCCAAGCUACUUAGCAAAAUGGGUUACGUGGCCGGUAAAGGCUUGGGCAAGAAGGCGCAAGGCAUCGCUGAGCCGAUACAGGCGGUGCCGAGACCUGGAAGAGGAGCGAUCGGCGCCUAUGGGCCAGAAACCCCUCAGCAGAAGAAAGACCGGGCCGAUGGCAUCGCCAAGACGACGAGCCAAAGUGAAGUAACGGCUGGUGAGGAAGAAAAGCAGUGGAAGAAACGACCCGGUCACUUGAAGCCGAAGUACGUCUUCAGAACCCUGGACGACGUGGUAAAGAGCAUGGCAACGACGACGAAGUCCCGUAUCUCCGCCGACCAUGCCACCACUAAGGUAAUCGAUAUGACCGGCAAACAGCAACGGGUCUAUACUGGCUAUGAAGCAUUCAAAACAAGAACUAAGAUGCCGAUUGAAAUGCUGGAACCGAUGACGUCACGACAGGAUUUUGAUAUACCUGAACUUGUUUUUAACCUCGAGUUGCUCGUAAAACUGGCUGAGGACGCUAUUAUUGUGAACGAGCGGCAGCUGAGGACUGUACAGGACCAAAUGGUAACGCUUGAACAUGAAGAAAAAAUUCGCAUGGACUCUUUUCAAGAAGCCGAAGCAGCUACUAGCAACCUUUCGUCGUUUCUUGACGAACUCAACAGGUUCAAAACGUGUCAAGAAAAUGGGUCAUUGACGCUUGAAGACUGUCUCGAACUCCUGUGUAAACUACGAAAGAAUUACUACGAAGAGUACAAACUUUAUGACUUGCCCAGAGCUAUCAUUUGCCCUGUACUUCAGUUGAUGCACGCCCGGUUCUCAGAGUGGAAUCCGCUCGAUAACCCCGACAGUGACGUGGAAUUGAUGCGCGAAUGGCGGGGCAUUUUAGACGAAAGCGGCGAGUGGAAUCACAGUACGAAAAUUGAAGAUAUGAACUUGUACCACAGGAUCAUUUGGGAGUGCUGGAUGCCCGUCUUUCGGCGAGCCGCACUGAAAUGGGAUCCUCGAAAUCCGGACAUAAUGGUUAUGCUGAUAGAUAAAUGGAAAGAAGCGUUGCCGUUAUGGAUAUUGGAAAAUAUUUUAGAGCAGGUCAUAUUACCUCGGCUGCAGAACGAAGUCGACAACUGGAACCCGUUAAAAGACACCAUACCGAUUCAUCAAUGGAUUCAUCCGUGGCUUCCGUUGAUGGGUGACCGACUGCAGCCUCUGUACUCGCCCAUCCGACUAAAACUCGGUCGCGCUCUGAGUCAUUGGCAUCCAAGCGACGGGUCGGCUAAGAUGAUUCUCAGGCCAUGGAAGGACGUGUUCUCUGCUAGCAGUUUUGACACCUUCGUAACUCAGCACAUCGUUCCAAAAUUGGAGAGGUGUUUGUCGACGUUUGUCAUAAACCCAUGUAACCAGCAGCUGGAUACUUGGCGGUACGUAAUGGAAUGGUUAGACAUGAUAAACCCGUCACAUAUUUCUGAAGCGCUUAUUCGACAUUUCUUUCCAAAGGUAGAAUUUAUACUUAUUCAUUCAACUUUCCUUGUUUGUUAA